UAUAUAAUACUUCACACUUUUUGGGCACACAUAACUUAAUCAGAAGUGGGAGGUCUGAGUUAGUAUCGUCCGGUGUGCCUCAGACCCCAGUCUGAUCCGCUUUGUGAGGGCGAAGUGCCAAGUGCGUGCUUUUUACGAUCAGCAACAAGUGUGCGCAAUAAAGCCGAACUUUCACCUUUCUUGGCUUUGCAGUCUCUCUGCAGGACAGUCGAGGUGUUAUAUUCGCCCGUGCAACCGAUCUGACCGCGCUGUUUGCUCAACCCGCUGCAGGAAUGAGUGAGGAUCAGUUUGACGUGGUUGUGGUCGGCGCGGGCCUGUCCGGACUCAGCGCGGCUCGCAGGCUGCAGAAGAGAAACCCGCAACUCAGCGUCAUGGUCCUGGAGGCCAGAGACCGUGUCGGAGGACGAACUGUAAGUAAAGACCUGCCAGCUGCGAAUGGCGUUGACCAGUGGGACAUGGGGGGACAGUGGGUGUCCAGCUCGCAGACCCAUGUCAUGGAGCUUAUUCGAGAGCUUGGUCUGGAGGUCUUUCCACAAUACACCGAGGGCAAGAAGGUGCAUCACGUGGGUGGUCCGCAUGCCAAAAUCAAAAUGUACACCACUAGCAUGCCGUCAUACUCCCCGCUCACCCUGCUGGACUUCACCCAGAUUCUGCGGCGGAUUGACCAUCUUACUCAGACCAUAUCAGUUGAAGACCCAAUGAGUUGUCCUAAUGCCGAGCUCUUUGACGGCAUGACGCUUCACACCUUCAUGGAAAAACAUAUCUGGACCACACAGGUAAAAGAGGAGCUGGCCUUGUGUAGCCGUAUCGUGUUCGGCUUGGAACCGUCUCAGGUCUCCUUCCUGUUCUUUCUGAUGUACUCCGCUGCAGCAGGGGGCACCCUACGACUCCUGGAGACCACACCUGGCUCGGGUCAGGAGUUCAGGGUCAAGGGGGGCACUCAGCAGCUGUCAGAGAAGCUGGUGGAGCAGAUCGGCAAAGAAGGGGUCCGGCUGGGUGCCGCCGUAACGACCAUAUGCCAGAAUUCAGAGAACAUAAAAGUUACGACUUCGGCAGGCACAAUCACUUGUAAAGCUGUCAUUGUUGCGUGUCCUUCUCACUUGGCAGCCCAGAUCCGUUACGAGCCUGCCCUGCCAGCUGAGCGCCAGCGCCUCACCCAGUGCCUGCCUGUCGGCCACAUGACGAAGUUUAUCAUCACGUACCCCACUGCAUUUUGGAAGGAAAAAGGUUUCUCGGGGGAAAUCGUGGCACGUCCCUCCGAGGACUGCCCUUUAAGCGUCACAUUUGAUGCCACCAGCCCCAGAGGUAAUCCUGCGCUGGUGGGGUUCAUCACUGGAGUACAGGCCCGUGACUGGUGCGACAGAAAGAUGGAGGAGAGAAGAGAUGGUGUGAUCUCCAGCCUGGUGAAGUACCUUGGACCGGAGGCGUCCACCUACAUUCACUAUGAAGAAAAGGACUGGGCAAAAGAGGAGUGGAGCGGAGGCUGUCCUGUGAAUGUGAUGACCCCUGGGAUGCUAACGUAUUACCACCCGAGUCUUCGAAAGCCUUUCGGCAGGAUUCAUUGGGCAGGCACAGAGACGGCUACCCAAUGGUGUGGAUACAUUGAUGGGGCAAUUCAGGCCGGUCAGCGGACGGCUAUGGAGGUCCUGGCUCAGAUGUUCCCUUCUUCUCUGUCCAGGGAGGAACUGGAAGCAGUGCGAGCUUCCCUGAAACACAGUGACCCAAGAAAGGGUUCAAAGUGCAAGUCGUCCAAGUGUUAUUAUCUCUUCGGUGUGGUAAUGACAGCAGCUGCUCUGGUGACGGCCUACCUGUUGGCCAAACCAGAAUUGGGAUUUCAAUGGAUUUAGCCAGUGUACCUUAAAAUACACAACUAAAAUAACAGUAAUUUACAGAUUCAGGUCAACUUGACCUAUUUUACUUACGUAACAUGUAUUUACUUACAACGCAUUUCUCAAUGAAACAGCAUUUUCAAAGAAAAAACAGAGUGGGAUUUGAUUGGAUAAUGGAAAGUUGCAUACCAGAAUAGAGCCAGAUGGUUGGUGGGAAGGUGUUAAGAAAUAAGAGGGCUUGGAGAUGUCAGCCAAAAAGGAAAGAAGCAUUUCAGAUGCACAGCAAGUUUGUGCAGAAAGUUUACCCAGACAUUUUUUUAACUCGUGCAUGCAAAGUAAAUGUGAAUUAAUAAAGUAAAAUCCGUCCGUCGUUGAGUUUAAGUAUCAGUAUUCUAAAAUCAAGCAUCAUUACAGUAUAAUCACUUCUUGUGUCUUUUACUUAAUAAUGAAGCUGACUUGGGAAAUUUCCAUAUUUGAUUUUCUAAUUUGCUUUUGGUGCCUCAUAUAAUUGUAACUAAAUGUUAUGUGACGUGAAUAUGAAACAUCAAAGCAGAGAAGUGAAGCAAACACACAAUGAGCUACGUGAAGUUUUUUUGUCAAGCACAAGUGCCACUCUUCCUUUCAACUCCAUGUGAAUCUCUGUUGUUUUUAGGAAAAUGUAACAUGUUGGACGCUGAAGUUUGUCAAAGCCUCUUUGAACAUGUCAAAUUAGUUUAAUGGCUCUCGUUAUGCCACAUCGUUUUAGUUAAUAACAAUAAUAUGGUCAGUAAAAAUGUGUUAAAACUAUAAUAAGCCAAACUGCAACCAGACAGUUUAAAAAAAAUUAUAAACAUUAAAUGCUAACAUAUACAAUAUUCCAGAAACAACAUCAUUAUACAAUAUCAUCAUUAACAAGUAACAAAUAUUCACUGUAUACUUGCCUACUAUAUUACUUACAUUAUUACAUUAGGUGGUACUGCAUGUUAUUUACAGACUGCUUAUUGUUAAUUGUUGUGUUUAUGUUCACCUGUGUUUGUUAACUUUGUCGCAAAUUAUAAGCUGCAGCUAAUAUAACAUUUAUGCAGUCGCAUUUUGUGACAAUAUGUUUAGAAAAGCACUACGUUAGCCAGUGAAUAUAUUUCUAAUCUGUUAUUGAUGCUAAAUCAUAGAGCACAAUAUUGAUUUAUAUGUAAUUGCACAAUAAAGCACUUAAUCCAUAUUGUGUUUUUGAUUUUUA